UAAUGACGUGUACAGCCUACAAAUGCGCCCUCCGCAGGCUACAGCCAUCGGAUUGAGAAACGGCCUCUGACUCGCUAUCUCGUGACCCGGAAGUGAAAUAUUUAGCCUACAAGAAAGAUGGCGACACCCAUAGAACACGAGGAUUCAUGUGAAGAGGAAACGACAGAAGAACCAAAAGCACCAAAGAUACGAGAGACACCAGAGGACAUUAAACUAGACGCGAUUGUCAACACACUCGCAUUUCAUCCAGACAGAGAUAUACUGGCAGCUGGAGAUAUCGAUGGAGAUAUAUACCUAUAUUCAUAUUCAUGCACUGAAGGAGAGACCAAGGAGCUGUGGUCAUCAGGACAUCACCUCAAAUCCUGCAGGAAAGUUGACUUUUCCAGUGAUGGACAGAAAUUGUUCAGCGUGUCUAAAGACAAGGCAGUGCACAUUAUGGAUGUGGAGGCUGGAAAGCUGGUGACACGCAUCCCAAAAGCUCACAAGGUCUCCAUCAAUGCCCUGCGGUUGGUCGAUGAGAAUAUAUUCGCAACCGGAGAUGAUGAGGGAACGCUAAAGGUUUGGGACUUGAGGAAAGGAACAUCAUUUAUGGAUCUGAAGCACCAUGAAGAUUAUAUCAGUGAAAUAGCGGUUGACCAAGCCAAGAAGAUAUUGCUUACCUCCAGUGGUGAUGGUACUAUGGGUGUAUUCAAUAUAAAGAGACGCAGAUUUGAAUUGCUUUCUGAAUUUCAAAGUGGAGAUCUCACCUCCGUUUCUAUUAUGAAAAGAGGGCGUAAGGUUGUUUGUGGUUCCACUGAGGGCACUAUAUAUAUUUUUAACUGGAAUGGUUUUGGGGCCACCAGUGACCGUUUCGCGGUUCAGGCGGAGUCUGUGGAUUGUAUCGUCCCCAUUACAGACAGCAUACUGUGUGCUGCCUCUAUGGAUGGAGUUAUUAGAGCUAUAAGUAUCAUGCCCAAUCGUGUGGUGGGCAGUAUCGGACAGCACCUCGGAGAGCCCAUCGAGGAGAUCGCACGCUCUAGAGAUACACGAUUCCUGGCUAGCUGUGCCCAUGACCAGCUGAUCAAAUUCUGGGACAUCUCCAGCAUUCCUGAUAUGAAAGUAAACGAUUAUCGGCGUCGAAAGAAGAAAGACGGACGUCUCAAAGCUUUGAGUAAUAAAGCAUUCGAUACAGGACAGAAUUUUUUCGCUGGACUUUUGGACACAAACGAGGAAAAUGAUAAAAAAGGGGAAGGUGAGGAAGAGGAGGAUGAUGAGGACGAUGACAGUGACAGUGGAAGUGACUGAAAACAUGUACUGUGAAUGGUGACGUAAUAUCCUAUUUACAAGUGUUGGUAUUUGUCACAUUUAUUUAAAUGGAUGGCUCACUCAAAAAUAAAAGUUCAUGGAUAUGGCUUGCAGAUCUUAUAGAUCCAAUUAGAGUCCAGUUUCACUAGAUCCCUCUUCAUCAGGUAAUUACUAAAUCUGUGCACAAAUAUCUCUCACAAGAGAGUUAAUACUUCAAAUCAACCAGAUACCAGAGAUGAAGGGAAGAACAGCAGGCAGGAGACGAAGUGUUAAAUAAAAAAAAAUUAUAUAGAUAUUAUUAUACCAUAAAGAUAAAACAUUGUUAUUAUGGACCUUGAGAUGGAGACCAUAGGAGACAAUAAUACAGCAUCAACAUAAGAUUUAACAUUAAGAAAAGUAAUGUAGAAUAUAAUAACUUGAUAAAAUGAAAUGAAUAAAUAAAAUUACUAUGAGUAAGUAAAUAUAUAAUUGAAUAAAGGAACAUUGUAAUAAAUGAAAUAUUAGUCCCCAUUCAAUGUAUUUGGGCAAAUAGAGCCCCCUUUAAACAAUUCUGAACUUUGUAUUACUAGUUUCUUGGAGUAGUUUGGUUAUCUAAAAAUAAACUCAUGUAUUAUGUGUAUAUAUGUAAAUACACACAUUUC